CCAUAAACCCUAAAAACAACACAAAACCCUACACUCUGCUUUCGGCCCCCCUUUUAUUUUUAUUUUUCUUCUCUCUGAAAAAAACAAAUAAAACAACAAACAAAAAUGGGCGGAAGUGAUAGCGAAGGAGAUAAAUCAGCAAUUAAAGAGAAAGAGAAGAAGAAGAUGUUAGCCUUAGCCCCAAUCGCCAAGCCACUCGCUGGCAAAAAACUUUCAAAACGCACUCUUAAACUCGUUCGCAAAGCUGCGGAAAACAAGUGUUUGAAAAGAGGUGUUAAGGAAGUUGUUAAAAGUAUCAGACGCGGUAAUAAAGGAGUGUGUGUGAUUGCUGGGAACAUUACUCCAAUUGAUGUUAUAACUCAUGUUCCGAUAUUGUGUGAGGAGGCUGAAAUUCCAUAUGUUUAUGUUACCUCUAAAGAAGAUCUUGCAAAUGCAGGUGCUACCAAGAGACCAACAUGUUGUGUAUUGGUUUUAACCAAGCCAACAAAAGGCGAGCUUGAAGAAGAAGUGAAACAAAAAUUGAAAGCAGAAUAUGAUCAAGUUGCUUCAGAAGUGUCUGAACUUGCUGCUACUAUGUUUUAGAGAAGAAUUAGGCAUCUGUGAUAUUUGUAGCUUUUCUUUUGUUCGAAUGACUCUUCUUAUUAAUGUUACAACCUUGUUAGUGGUUUGAAACUUUGAUUCGGUGUUGUAAUGAAAAUUUUCAUCCAUACAUGCCAUAACCAUGAAGCUUUUAUCAA